AUGACUCUGGACGUGAUGGACGGUAUUUACGCGCGAAUGGACGACGACACCGAAACGAGGAAAGUUGAGCUGGUGGACUCCCUGAGCCAGACCGAGAUUCAGAAAUUUUUCUCGGGUAAGUCGGUGCUGUUAACCGGCGCCACGGGAUUCAUGGGCAAGGUCUUUGUCGAGAAGAUUAUUAGGGUCUGUCCAGGUCUCAAGGCCCUUUACAUCGUCGUCAGACAGAAGGGGACGGACACUUUGGAGGAGAAGAUGGAAAAGUACUUUCAGCACAUUAUCUUUGGCAGGUUAAGAAACUCGCAGCCGGACUUUGCGCGCAAGGUCGUCACAAUAAAGGGCGACCUGAAAAACGAGCGACUCGGCAUGUCGGAGUCAGACCGGGCCCUGCUGAUCAACGAGUUGGACGUGAUAGUCCACAGCGGAGCAACGACCAAGUUCGACGAGAAGGUCAGCGUGGCCCUGAAAAUUAACGUCCUCGCGACGAGGGACCUACUAGAUCUCGCGCUCGAGUGCAAGCACGUCCAGGCCUUCAUGUACGUCUCGACGGCGUACUCUCACUGCUACCGCAAGGACAUCGAGGAAAAAUUCUACGACGCCCCGGCAGACUUGAAAAUCGUCCACGACAUGAUCGAGGCCGACACGAUGAACGAGCUCGGCAUCACUGAAGACGCCGUCAAGAUGCUGCUCGGCAAGUGGCCGAAUGUGUACACCUUCACCAAGUCCAUCGCCGAGGAUCUGGUCCGUCACUACGGGGAGAGAGCCAACUUUGCCUGCGGAGUCUACAGGCCUAGUAUCGUUAGCGCUGCGCACAGCGAGCCGCUCCGUGGAUGGAUCGGUAACAACAACGGGCCAGCUUACGUCUUCUUGGGCACUGGCUUGGGCCUCAUCCAUACGUCUUACUACUUGAACACUCCCAUGGACAUGAUCCCCGUUGAUUUCAGCAUCAAUGCUCUGAUCGCGGCUACGUAUGAUCUUCCCGAGCGAUGGAUGAAGGAGAAACGACCAGUUGUGUAUAAUUACGGAAGCAGUACGAUUCAGCCCAUGUACUUAGAUACAGCGUUUGAAUACAUGCGCGAUGAAGUUGAAAGAGUCGGAUCCAAGCAUGUAGUAUGGUAUCCAUUCCAGUGUUUUUGCUCCCAUAAAUUAUCGUUCUACAUCUGCCAUAUACUUUUUCACCUCAUUCCGGCUCUGCUAGCGGAUUUGGCUUUAUUGGCUACAGGAAGAAAACCAAGGUGUCUUUCGUUGUUCUGGUUCGGCACAAAGCACCUGGACAAAAUCUUUUACUUCACAAACGGCGACUGGCGCAUCCACGUGCCCGAAACGAUGAAGGUGAACGAUCGCCUCGGUCCAGAGGACCGCAAGCUCUUCCAAUUCGACAUGCGCGGCUUUGACUGGGCGACCUUCAUCGGCUGGUACGUACGCGGUACCCGCAUCUACAUGAUGAAGGAGUCCAUGGACAACGUGCCCCAGAUGCGGCUGCGCUUCCGUAGACUGAAGCUUCUCCACUACGGCGUGUUCAUCGGGCUUGGGCUACUCCUCGCCUACCACGCCUACCGACUGCUCUCGGCCGCCAUGAUAUUUUGACUCGAAAGUUGCUCUAAUAAAUCCAUCUUUCAACCAUACUA